AUGGCGGCCAGUCGAAUAAAUCCGAAUCACCCUUUCAUCCACCUCUCCCCCUCCCACUUCCGAAAUGACUCGCGCUCAACCUCACUUGAAAGAAUACCUGGCUCCAUCUACCAGCAACUAGACCCUCUCCUCAGCAAUCUCUCUCCCGAAUCAACUCUCCAAGCCCUCACAUCGACCGACGCAGUCCCUUCGAAUGAAAAAGCCGCCCAUGAUAUCCUCUCAAGAAGCAUCUCCCAGGUGUCGCCGUCAGAACGCGCCCUAGGGAUACGCGCGGCGGUAGCUGCUCAGAACUUGAACUUGUGGUACAAAGAGGUCCAAUCAUGGAAUUGGCCAAAUCAGCGCGACGCGAAGGUUGGGAUGGGUUUCAUUCCUCCAUCUGAGUCGCACUCUGGGGACAAUCUCACCCCUUCGGGGCUUUUGGCUCCCCCUAGCAACACCCAGGCAAGCUACUAUGGGAGCUUGUUAGCCAGCGUGGUCGAAAGAUACGAGAGGAGAGCCGAUGAAAUCCGCGAUGGAAUGGACGAUCUUAACGUGGAAGAAUUAAAGGAACACGUUUUGAAUGCCCACAUUCCAUCCCGGUCUCGGCCCUCGUCCGCCACAAGCUGCGUGUCCGUGCCUCCGCCGCUUAGCUAUGUACAGCUGAGUGACUUCACAGCUGUCAUUACCGCGACCAUUCUCAGAGCUCUCCCAUAUCUAUCGCGACUGAAUGCCCUACUUGCCACUUGGGAAGUUCGCAUCUUUGUCUUACGCCAAAUUCCUGGUUUGCUGAGAGAGCUGAGCUUGACCCGCUCCGCCCUCGACUCGUCCCUCCACGCCUUACGAACCCCACAGUCUUCUGCCUCCGACCCGAGCGAAUCCUCCGAUGCAUCCCUAGCUGUCGAUCAUGUUAAACUGGAGUCUGCAGUUGUGGCUGUGGGGAGGCGGAUGGACCGGGUUCUCGACGCGUUGGAGGGUCGUCCGGAUUCUUUGCCCGAACAAUGGAUUGAUGACUUAGAAGCCAUUGAGUCUGACUUUGCUGUAUGGGUCGUGGAGGCUGAUAAAUACAAGGUUCACAACGCGUGGUUGCGGUCCAAAGCUGAGUCUCAAAUGGCGGAGAUGCGCGCAGCCGAUCUCCAGCGCGCAGAGUCAUUGAAGAGAACAGAGAAAGACCAAACAUCCGAUAUAGCUGUAUCGGAACCUUCGGAUAAUCUCAGUUCCCCUCAGGAGCAGGCCAUCGAACAUAAGCCUGAACUUGAGUGUGACCUUAAACUCUCGUCCGGUGAUCUAAGGCCAAUUAGCCCACAAUCUGUGGAAGAAUCAACGGCGCCUCUCGAAGAGACACCUCUUCCUGCAGACUGUGUGGAAGGGAAUGCUUCGCCAAACCUACAACUCUCGAUACCUCCAUCGAAGUCUCCAAUUGAAGAGAAGCAAGAAGAUCUCACAUCCGUGGUCGUGGCAGAGGACCUAGACACUCCAACACAGUCCGACUUUCUACCAACUCCUGCAAUCAGUCGGCGGCCCUUUUCAGCUCUUGCACAUACACCUUGCGCAAUCGAUCGCACCUUGGAAAACAAAGAAAAUAUUCCUCCGCCCGGCUUCCAACAGUUUGAUGGAACUGUGUCACCCCCCAGCCAGGCUUCGGCAAGACCAAGCCCAUUGUCCGAGCGUAGUGCUCUGGCUGAAGAUCCUUGCAUUCAAGAUUCCCCUGCAUCUGAAAUGGAAGUCCAACUUCCUGAGGUUGUCGUUUCUGCCGGUGUACCCGCCGCGGAAGAGCUGAAUGCCCCCGCUGGUCGCGAAGACUUGCCUUGUGAUACUGUGGCCUAUGAAAGACAAAAUAAUACCAAUGAGGAGGAAAAACAACCUUCUCCACAGUCCACAUUAACAGGGCUCAACCCCGAGCCUAAAACUACCACUUCUCCUGUUUCCCAAGAUCCUGGAUCCCUGAAUGGGCCGAGUGGACAGAACCAGUGUGAUACUCCGGUAGCAGCAACUAUUUCUCCAGUCCUCACACCAAACAGGUCAGAAAUCCCAGUGCCGAAAUCAAGUGAUACUCCGGUAGCAGCAACUAUUUCUCCAGUCCUCACACCAAACUGGUCAGAAAUCCGAGUACCGAAAUCGAGGUCGUCUGGCAGGGUUUCCCAAAUACCCAUGCUUGUCGCAUCACCCAAGUCAGGCUCAAACCCUACGCCCAUCAAGUCGCACCACCUGCAGAAUCAAGGGAAAGCAGAACCUUGUCAACGGACCGUUCGCAAGCCGUUACAGAGCCCUAUCAAACUUUCCAAAUUCCGCGCAGGGAAGCCUGAUCUUGAUAAAGAUGGCACAGUAGCGCACAAAAUUACGCAUCGUCGUCGGACAUCUACUGGAUCGGUGGGCUCCUUGCUUUCAGACCAUUCUUCUCUCAUAUCCAGUCCCGAGAUACCUGAGCCGCGCACUGAUCCCUCUAAUGUAACGCCUCUUGGGACAUCAUCUCACCCUGAACCUAUACAUCCUCCUUCACAUGAGGGCUAUACUUUGAGAGAGGAUCGUCUGCGUCGUUUGGAAAACCAGAAGCCUGACCCGCGCAUCAGUUUCCAACCAAGUCGCACGGUCAGCCUGCCCCUCGAGCGAUUUAUCAACGAGCGCUUGGGGUUGGGUCUGGGAAGCGAGUCGGCGCCAGGUGUGGCUAGUGUGAAACCGUCUAGGACUAGGACACGCUCUGUUACAUCUACCGACUUUCCCAAACCCCCAAAGACACGAAGCAAAACCACAUUCCAGGAUACAUCGACUACAUCCAUUCCACCAGUUCCACGUCUCCCUACCGGCCGUCAUCAACUGUCCCGAGAAAAGUCUGCAACUGAUUUGAACACUCAAAACGAGAUGGAAAAAAUAGCGGAGCGAAACAAAAAGACAUUCGGAAUGAAUUCCGCCCGAAGAGCCAUGGAGCACCUUCUUCAGCCCAAGUCUGUCCGCUGGCGACAGCGACUGACUGCCCAUCCAAGUCUUGAAAGUCUAGGUGUGAAAAGACAAGAGCUGUCCUAUGUAGAAGAGCAUGAGUCUGAACUCACCGAUUUCGGAUUCCGCCCUUCCUCGCCAAACAAACACAGCAAGCAACCGCGAGACCAGCUCGAUGAAAAGAUUAACUCGAUUCUCAACUCGUUGCCUGGUCAUAUCCACCUGGUCGACUCCAACCACGAAGCAGACACAUCCUCGUCAUCCUCAUCGUUGGACCGACGAAUGCGGCACAGAUCCGAAUCCCCCACUGGCCCAACUCGUAGCAACACUCCCGCACCUUCUUUGACCUUGAUGGCCGCUUCCCGGAGACGGCACUCUCAUGCCUACAAGACAGAGGACAGCUGUGUCAAACUCUAUCACCUCCAUCACGGGGGCCAGUCCGCACCGACAAAGCUGUUCGUUCGCACCGUUGGAGAAGAGGGACAGCGAGUGAUGGUUCGUGUCGGCGGUGGAUGGGCUGACCUCGGUGAAUACCUUCGCGAAUAUGUCAUUCAUCAUGGUCGCCGCAAGGUGUCUGAAACUCCCCGUGUGGAGGUGCAGGGUAUAAAAACACGUUCAUCGCCGUCUUACGCUUCUCCGGGUACUAUGUUGACCCCAGCUACCUCACAUCUUGCCUCCGGUCGGGCUACCCCCUCCCGACCACCAUCCGUGCUCAGUGCCCGGCCACCUUCAUCCCUUACCGUUCACAAGAAACGCCGAGCCUCAACCGCAUCUGAUGUGAUGGGUACCAGGGCAGUGACAACAGGCCACCUCUCCUCCUUCACCUCACCCCCACCUACCGUCGUUCCUCUCCCUUCCUCUACCGGCAGACGCCUUUCGGUGUCUUCGGGCCAUUCAGUCGGCGACGCCCACUCCCCCAACAACACUGGUACUACCUCGACCGCCAAUGAAUCCCGCUCCACCCCACUGGGAUUAGCUGGGCCCAAACCACGUGCUCGGUACGAAUCGAUGAGCCCAGAGGGUGAAGCCUGGGUUGCAGAUGUCCUCCAAAAGACCCGCCGCUCUAGCUCUCACAACCCACCCCAGUUUGCAUUGAGCAUGCCGCCUAAUCACGAUGCCGAUGACCGAUUUGACAUCGGCGACGGCAGCGUGGUUGGACACUCCUUACCCAAGGUCCGCAGCAUUGGCGAUAUAGGAUCUAUUGGCACAAGCAGGCGGGUCGUGCUGAAAGGUCUUGGGUCUCGCAGGCCGUGA